CUGAUCGCAGCUGGUCCCAGUAGGUUCUGGCAUUUUCUCUGGGUCUGUCUUGGAAGCAGGCAAAAUGACCCUGCAGUGCACCAAGUCAGCAGGACACUGGAAGAUUGUGGUCUGGGACGAGGAGGGCUUCCAGGGCCGGCGGCAUGAGUUCACCACCGAGUGCCCCAGUGUGCUGGAACUUGGCUUUGAGACUGUGCGAUCUCUGAAAGUGUUGAGCGGCGCGUGGGUGGGCUUUGAGCACGCCGGUUUCCAGGGGCAACAGUACGUGCUGGAGCGGGGCGAGUACCCGUGCUGGGCUGCCUGGGGCGGCAGCACCGCCUACCCCGCCGAGAGGCUCACCUCCUUCCGGCCGGUGGCCUGCGCUAACCACCGCGACUGCAGGCUCACCAUCUACGAGCAAGAGAACUUCCUGGGCAGGAAAGGAGAGCUGAGCGAUGACUAUCCCUCCCUCCAGGCCAUGGGCUGGGAUGGCAAUGAAGUGGGCUCCUUCCAUGUCUACUCAGGGGCCUGGGUUUGCUGCCAGUUCCCUGGAUACCGAGGUUUUCAGUAUGUGCUGGAGUGUGACCACCACUCGGGGGACUACAAGCAUUUCCGGGAGUGGGGCUCUCAUGCCCAGACCUUCCAGGUGCAGAGUGUCCGCAGGAUCCAGCAGUGAGCAGGAGGGCCAGCGCUGAGGAGCACACGGGUGCCCAUCUGGAACAGAAGAGCCGCAGAGCUGUUGUGUGCCCUCUCCUCUGCCUCCCCCUGUAACCCACGUGAACGUGGAACCCAUGCAAGCCAGUCCCUGCACAGUCAACAUGAAAAACUGAAAGUAAUAAAAAAGGUCAAGUGGUA